AUGAGUACCUCAUAUCACACAGAUUACAGCUUUGAUCUGCCUUCCACUAUGAGCGACUCACCUAUGAUCAACUACAGAAAGGAUUCCAAAAAAGCUAUUAAGUUCACAUUCAUGGUGGCUGGUGAACUGGGAACCGGUAAAUCGACAUUCAUUAAUUGCUUGUUGGACAGAAAAGUGAUGACUCAUACAUAUGAAGGCGUGGAGAAGAAUAGCUCGACUAAGACGUUAACCUUCACCCUGGCCCAAAACGUGGCCUUGCCAAAUACUUCUAUUUUAGCCAGAAACGAAUUUGAUGCUUUCAGUGCACAUGAGGAACCCGGCAUCGCUAUAACGGAAACCAAGGUCGAAUUAUUGGAUGACGAUAAUGUGAGGUUACAGUUGAACAUAAUUGACACUCCCGGUUUUGGAGACAACUUGGACAAUGAACUUUGUUUUGUUGAAAUUGAAAACUAUCUAAAGCAGCAAUUCGACUUGGUUUUGGCCGAAGAGACGAGAAUUAGAAGAAAUCCUCGGUUUAUAGACACAAGAGUUCAUGUUUUGAUCUAUUUCAUCACACCUACCGGCCACGGCUUGAGAGAAUUGGACAUUACAUGCAUGAAGCGCUUGUCAAAGUACGUCAACAUCAUUCCUGUCAUUGGCAGAGCAGACUCAUUUACCGAAAGUGAACUCAGGCACUAUAAGGAACAAAUCAGACUUGACAUCGAGCGCUUUAAUGUGCCCGUUUUUCAAUUUGACAACGCUAUGGAUGAGUAUGAUGAGGAUGAGGAUUAUGAUUUGAUCCAGGAAUGUAAGUACUUGGCUUCUUUGCAACCAUUUGCUAUAAUAUCCUCGGAACAAGACUAUGAGAUCAAGGAUACCAAUACUGGUGAAACUAAAACUAAUCAAAGCAAGGCAGUAUCCUUGGGGAUUGGUGGAUAUCAAUAA